AUGGGCACCAAUCCCUCACCAAGGAAUGGGCCUCCCAUCUCGGGGCCUGGCGCCGAUGCCAGUAGCCCUCCAGCUCCUCAACCUUUCGAGAAAGAAAAGUCUCCCGUCGUUAUGGCCGUGACCGAGCCUCGGGUUUCUCUACACCAGGCACCCUCUGGGCCUGCUGAAGCCCAACCUUCCAGUUCUAACCGCGACCUGUCUCAUCCCCUCAUCGACACAUCUGAAGAGAACUUGCUCAAGCUCCAAGACCACCUGAGACACGAAAGGAUCGAAACGAGAAGCACUCUGGCCUCUGUCAAGAACGAAGACAGCGUUGGCAAACACUUCUCAGUCAUGGGUGAAGGGAGUCACAACGCAUCAGCGGAUGGCCUUGGCGAUGUAGAGAUGCUUGACUCUACAGCAAACGACGUCGACGAAUCCGAAGUCGAAAACGACAAUGAAGAUGACUCGGACUUUCACUCCCAAAGCGACUCCGACUCUGACGGCUGCGAAAAGGCUGGUAGACGUGGUAAACACCGACGUGCCAAACCUGGUACCACUUCGUCACCUCAGGCCCCGACAAGCCUCCAAAAACUCGAGAAUCUGCGAAACAAGCUGUUUUUUAAGCAGAUGACGGAAGGAUUGACAGGCGAUGAGCCCCAGAUGUUGGAACUCCUGGAGAAGCAGGUUUCGGAGGCUCAGAGUAAGCUCGACCAGGGCUUGGCAAUCAAGAAGGAAGAUGCGACACAGAAGAAGCAGCGAAGAAGAGUGGUGAAGACUGCUCGAGAGUACUGGCAGAGGGAGCUCGAAGAAGAGGCCCAAAGAGAGGCAGAACAGGAAGAAAAGAAGCGAAAGUGUGAAGACGAGGCUGAGGGUUCCAACAAAGCCCGAAAGACAGCAGCUGAAUCCACUCGGAAACAAAAUGCCAAACACUCAGCUGACAGAGCGAGUAUGUUGCACAGUCUUGUCAAUGUGGAUCGAAGCAUCCAAGAUGGGAAUGUGCCAACUAUGGGCGCCAUUCAAGCUCGCACCCAUGGCGACCAGAUGAAGCAAAUCAUGAAAGGCAUCCCAGAAGGGUUCGACACCAGACGCACCAGGACACAGGCGAAAGAUGUUCAACAAGCCAAAUCUUCUUUCGGCUACAGAAAGGUUGAAGCCCUCAACGGAACGUGGAAGCUUAAAGGCAUGACCACUGGCCUCCUGAACCAGCAGAUUGUCGCCUCAGCCUGGAUGGCCAAGAGAGAAGCUCAAGAGCUGCACCCCGCCGGGGGUUUGCUGGCCGAUGACAUGGGGCUGGGCAAGACAAUCACAACUCUUGCUUGCAUUGUUGGCCAUCCCCCGGAGAAGGAGGAUCGUGAUGAGUUCAGCAGGGCGACGCUUGUCGUCGUGGGUGGCCCUCAAGAUGCAAAGCAGUGGUCUGACCAAACUGAGAGACACUGUGACGAAAAGUUCUUUUCCAAGACAACCAUCUACUCCAAGAAGAUCCCCUGGAAAGCGGAACAAUGGGGCCGACGCAACAUAGUGAUCACCACCUACAAGGAGCUAGUGGCGCAGUUCCCCAAGAAGAGUGUCAUUCAGGCAUUGAGAGGAGAAUGGGCUGGCGACUCGGCGGGCUUUGAGAGAGCUCUGCAACGCAAUCUUGGGCAGCUUUUCAAGAUCAACUGGUAUCGAGUCGUCCUGGAUGAAGCCCAUACCAUCAAGAAUCGCACAUCUAGCACUACUCUCGCUUGCUGGCAACUGAGUGCCAAGUUUCGAUGGGUAGUCAGUGGAACACCCAUCUCAAACACGGUAGAAGAGUUUUAUCCCUACCUGAGAUUCCUUGGGUGUCGUUUCGCUGUGAAUCUGAAAAGGUUCAAGGCCGAGUACCUGGACGGGGGAAAUUCAACCGAGAACUUCGAAGCCCUCGUUAGCCUGGUCAUGUACAGACGCAAGCAGGAUGAAACUUUCCUGGGACGCAGGAUCGUUAGCCUUCCGGAUAGCCACAGCCAGGACCUAUGGGCCCCCCUUGAGGAUUGGGAAAUGGCCAUGAUGCGGGCACUGGACAAUCAGUACGAAAAAGACGAAAAGGACAAAAGGAACAAAAAGGAACAACCUGCCGAGGGGAAGAAUGAUGAGGAACAAGAAGAUGAAGACAAAACCGAGAAUACCGACCAAGUACAUGGAACCGCUGACGAGGAAGAAGAUGACGAGGCCGAUGCACAGGACGAUACUCACAAGCCCCAGUCUGCCACCGCGAUCCGAUGGAAACGAUUCGUGAGACUUCGUCAAGCGGUAUCCCACCCACUCAAUCUCGAGAAGUUUCUUCGAGAGAGCGACCGUGAGGAGAGUAUUCAGAUGGCCAUGGAGCGACUCAAAGAAGAGGCUGAAGCGAUUCAGAAUGAUGCUGACAAGGCUGAGGCCCACGCUGAACAACUAGCACAGGACAAAGCCGGUCGAGAGACGUUCUCCGCAGGAGCCCAUCAGAUCGAAACCCUGUACAAGGACUGGUUCGGUGGUGCUGAAGAGAUGGCUCAGCUACGCGCCCUUGCUGCCAACGAGCAUGAAGUCAAAGAGGUGACCUGCGGCCUUUGUAAGAAGGCAACACCUCCUGUGGACCCAACUCGAAAUGCGAAUUGCGAGCAUAUCUUUUGCGAAAAGUGCAUUAUUGUUGGCGUUUCCAAGGCGACAGGGUCAGUGAAGCUCGGGUUCAAAUGCCCUAAUCCUGAAUGCUUCGCCAAACUGGCCGUUGGAGAGAGCUUGACGACACCUGCGUGUAUCCAGACAGAAGUGGACAGAGCCAAAGUACUCAAGACCUUCCAAGAACCUGGAAAAGACAGCAUUGGAACCAAAUGGGGUGGCGAUCGCGACGGACGCACCUCCUUCUUCCUCGCCACUUCCGGACGCGACGACAUCCACUACGGCCCCGUCAACAUGCCUUUGGGCUCCAAGGUCAAAGCCACGAUGGAGGUGAUUUUGACGUGGGUCAAGGAAGCGCCCGAGGACAAGAUAAUUGUCUUUGUCGAGUUCACCAGAACUGCGAAAGCACUGGGGUGCAUCCUUGAGAAGAUGGGGCUCAACUUUCUGUACUACAACAGAACGGCCAAUGCCAAGCAGAAAGACAAGGCUUUGCGCGAGUUCCGCGAGAACCCUGAACAAAAGAUCUUUCUAGCAUCGAUGAAAUGCGGUGGGCAAGCGCUGGACUUGCCUGUAGCCAACCGUGUCAUCAUUGUCGACCUUUGGUACAACAAGACGGUCGAGCAGCAGGCCUUCAAGCGAGUUCACCGAAUCGGGCAGAAGAAGGAGACGCAUCUUGUGCGAAUCCUGGCCAGAGGCAGCAUCGACGAACGCCUCUACAUCCUUCAGAACGCCAAGGAAGCCAUCGUCAAUCGCGCCCUCCAGGAUGACGGUCACCUCAUCACCUUCUCGGAAGGCGAGUCACUCCGCUGGCUCUUCUCGGACAAGACUGAAGAGGAUUUGAUCCAAGACAUGGAUGCGAAGGCCCGGGGAAUGAAGGACAAGGCGGAGGAGAAGAAGAAGGCCUGA